AUGGAGGCUGUGGAAGACGAGAGCCGAGUGAGGGGUGUGGAUGGGGCGUGGCCACCUCGGGGCGGGGCCUUGGUAAGAGGCGGGACCUCUGACCGCCUGCCCUUGCUGCAGCCUGGCCGCCUGCCCUACAUGUGGCGCUCGUUGGUGCAGCUGCUGCAGCUCCUCGCUGUGCUGGUAUCGCGCUCCGCUGCCGCCCCAAUCCGCGAUGGCGACUCCCAGGAGAGCUCCUUGGGCUUGCUAAGCCUCCAAAGCCUACUCCAGAGUUUCAGCCAGCUUUUCCUGAAAGAUGAUCUGUUACGAGGCAUGGACAGCUUCUUCUCUGCCCCCAUGGACCUCUGGGGCCUCCCCAGGAACUACCACCAAGAGGAGAACCAGGAACGCCGGCUGGGGAACAGCAGCCUCUCCAGCCACCGCCAGAUCGACAAGAUGACCGACAACAGCACAGGAGAGGUUCUGAUCUCGGAGAAGGUGGUGGCGUCGAUCAAGCCGGCAGAGGGGAGCUUGCAGGGGGACUGGAAGGUGCCCGACAUGGAGAAGGCGGCGACCCCGGUGCCCGUCCCGAAGAGGGCUGUGGACCACUUCCGCGUGGAGGCCCGCCCCCGGGUGGCCUUCUGGAUCAUGAAGCUGCCCCGGAGGAGGGCCCACCAAGAGACGCAGGAGGGGACCCGCUGGCUCAGCGAGAAGAGACACCGGUUGCAGGCCAUCCGGGACGGGCUGCGCCAGGGCAGCCACGAGGAGGCUGCGGAGGAGGGCCCCCGGGGCUCCCUGCACCCCAGGCUGCGCGCCCGCAAGGCCCAUUUCCUGUACAUCCUCGGGCCCUCCCGGCAGCAGUAG